UCGCUGCCGGGCCCCCCGCACUGCCUCAAGCACUUCCCCGUGGACCUGCGCACCUCCAUGGACGGCAAGUACAAGGAGAUCGCCGAGGAGCUGUUCUGCCGCUCGCUGGCCGAGAGCGAGAUGCGCACGGCGCCCUACGCCUUCCCCGAGGAGAGCCCCAUCGAGCAGCUCGAGGAGCGGCGGCAGCGGCUCGAGCGCCAGAUCAGCCAGGACGUGAAACUCGAGCCCGACAUUUUGCUCAGAGCCAAACAGGACUUCCUGAAAAUUGACAGUGCCGCCGACUUACAGCUGUACAAGGAGCAGAGCGAGGACCUGGUGGACCAUGUCCCCAAGGAGCGCGAGGCGCUGCUGGAGCGCGAGUUCCAGAGGGUCACCAUCUCCGGGGAGGAGAAGUGCGGGGUGCCCUUCACAGACCUGCUGGACGCGGCCAAGAGCGUGGUGAAGGCGCUGUGCGUGCGCGAGAAGUACAUGGGGCUCUCGCUGCAGAGCUUCUGCCAGACCACGGCGCGCUACCUGCAGGAGCUCUCCGAGAAGCCCCCCGAGCCCCGCGGCUAUGAGGAGCCGCCCGAGACCCCCGUGGCCGCCGAUGCUCCCGUGCACCCGCCGUUCACGGAGCAGCACCCCUACGAGGCGUGGGACCCCCGCGCCAUGCCCGGCGACCUGGGCUUCGGCCUGCGCGUGCUGGACGGCGUGGUGCACGUCUACACCAAGCAGGACGUCACCGACAAGAGCACAGAGUUGGACCUGCCCUACCCCGACCUGCAGGAGUUCAUCGCCGACAUGAACUUCCUCAUGGCUUUAAUCAUUAACGGCCCCAUCAAAUCCUUCUGCUACCGGCGCCUGCAGUACCUGAGCUCCAAGUUCCAGAUGCACGUGCUGCUCAACGAGAUGAAGGAGCUGGCGGCCCAGAAGAAGGUCCCGCACCGUGACUUCUACAACAUCCGCAAGGUGGACACCCACAUCCACGCCUCGUCCUGCAUGAACCAGAAGCACCUCCUGCGCUUUAUCAAGCGGGCCAUGAAGAAGCACCUGGACGAAAUCGUCCACGUGGAGAAGGGCAAGGAGCAGACGCUCAAGGAGGUCUUCGAGACCAUGAACCUCACUGCCUACGACCUCAGCGUGGACACGCUGGACGUCCACGCGGACCGCAACACCUUCCACCGCUUCGACAAGUUCAACGCCAAGUACAACCCCAUCGGCGAGUCCAUCCUGCGGGAGAUCUUCAUCAAGACGGACAACCGCGUGGCGGGGAAGUACUUUGCCCACAUCAUCAAGGAGGUGAUGUCCGACCUGGAGGAGAGCAAGUACCAGAACGCYGAGCUGCGGCUGUCCAUCUACGGGCGCUCGCGCGACGAGUGGGACAAGCUGGCCCGCUGGGCCGUGAACCACCGCGUUCACUCCAACAACGUGCGCUGGCUGGUGCAGGUGCCCCGGCUCUUCGACGUCUACCGCACCAAGAGGCAGCUGGCCAACUUCCAGGAGAUGCUGGAGAACAUCUUCCUCCCGCUCUUUGAGGCCACCAUCCACCCGGCCCAGCACCCAGAGCUGCACCUCUUCCUGGAGCAUGUGGACGGCUUCGACAGCGUGGACGACGAGUCCAAGCCGGAGCAUCACAUCUUCAACCUGGACAGCCCCUUGCCGGGCAACUGGGUGGAGGAGGACAACCCGCCCUACUCCUACUACCUGUACUACAUGUACGCCAACAUGACCGUGCUCAACCACCUGCGCCGCAAGCGGGGCUUCCACACCUUCGUGCUGCGGCCGCACUGCGGCGAGGCCGGGCCCGUCCAUCACCUCGUCUCGGGCUUCAUGGUGUCGGAGAACAUCUCGCACGGCUUGCUGCUGCGCAAGGCCCCCGUGCUGCAGUACCUCUACUACCUGGCGCAGAUCGGCAUCGCCAUGUCCCCGCUCAGCAACAACAGCCUCUUCCUCAGCUACCACCGCAACCCGCUGCCCGAGUACCUGUCGCGGGGGCUCAUGGUGUCCCUGUCCACCGAUGACCCCCUGCAGUUCCACUUCACCAAGGAGCCGCUCAUGGAGGAGUACAGCAUCGCCACGCAGGUGUGGAAGCUGAGCUCCUGCGACAUGUGCGAGCUGGCCCGCAACAGCGUCCUCAUGAGCGGCUUCUCGCACAAGGUGAAGAGCUACUGGCUGGGUCCCCACUACCUCAAGGAGGGCCCGGAGGGCAACGACAUCCGCCGCACCAACGUGCCCGACAUCCGCGUGAGCUACCGCUUCGAGACGCUGUGCCAGGAGCUGGCGCUGCUCACGCAGGCGCUGCGCAGCGCCGAGCUCGAGGGUCACCUGCCUGGCGAGGGACUGCAGGAGCCGAAUGCGGCGCUCCGCACCCCUCGGGGUCCCAUUGACYCCUCGCGGUCCCCUUGA